GUCGUUGCCGCUAAGUCGAUCGUCGUUUGCCACGGAGCCACGGAGCUACGGAGCUACGGUGCGCGCGGAGCAUGAAAGCAGCUGGAAGAGUUCCGUCAGUCGUCGUCGUCGUCGUCACGCGAAGUUUGAACUAGUCCUCGAGAGGGGACGAAACAAACGAAAGAGCUGUUUGUGUGCGAGCUGAUCGGGUGCAAACGGAAAAGGGUGUUUUAAGAGCUCGCACUAGAGCGUUGGAAGUGUGGAAGAUAAAACAAAUGGAAUAUGCAACGCAACGCAUCGCAACGGUUGUGCCAAUGCGAUCACUAAUUGCGAGUGUGUAGUGUGAAGAAGUUCAGUAGAGAAGAGAAGCUUGUUUGCCAAGCCAUUGAUCUGUGGAGUUUCCGAUCGAAGUGCUGUCGAUCCCGAGUGUCGUCGUGUCCGGGGGUUUAGUUAGUGCCGCGAGAUCGAAAGUGAAAACAAAUCAGCAGUGGUGGUGCCUAAAUGUUGCCCAAGUCCAAACCAAAAGUGAUCACAAUAAAUUACAGAUUUACGCCAAGCAAUUUCCGCUUUCAGUAAAGCUGCUUAAUAAAAGUGCUUUGUUGUGUGGAUCGUGCAUCGUUUGAAAGUGACAGUGCCGGGGAUCAAUUUCGGUCGGUUCGGACUGGAUUGAGCGGUCAAACGUUGAUGGCUUGUUGAGGCCGGGCGUCUCGACGAAAUGGAAGCAGACGUCCUGAACGCACUGAACACCCAAACGGCUUACAUUCCCGGCGGACGAGACCGCGAUGGGCAUCCGCUGAUCGUAAUUCCCGUUCCGUUUUACGACAAUUUGCCAUGGAUGAAGGGGUUUCUGGAAACGACGGUUAAAUAUAUAUUGACCACCUUGAGUUCCGACACCGUUGCAGCCGGAUUCGCGGUUGUUCUCGACGCGCAGAAGUGCUCCUGGCGUUCGGCUCGCCAGUACAUUCGGCACGUUCAGUCCCUGCUUGGGCCGAACUUGGACAGCUUUCUGGUCAUUCGACCGGAUGCCUUUUGGGAGAAGAACCGGGUGGAAAACUGCACCCGACAGCAUCGUCAAGGAGAGCCGACCGUAAUCUCCAAGUCACGUCUCGUCAAGUACUUCGAGCUGAUCGAACUUCCCGAGGAGCUGGGCGGCACCGGGUCCUACAAUCACGACCAGUGGAUACAGAAUCGAUUGCGCAUCGAGGAAUUCCGAAAAUCCUACGAUAAAGCGAUCGGUGACCUAGAAAAUCUGCACCGGCUGCUGCUGGACAACCGAACGGUGCGGGCGAGCGAGUCGGAAACGGCCCUCAAAUCCUGUCGGCAGCUCAAUCAAGACGUGCAAAAGUUUCUCGCCCUGAUCAUGGACGGCGGAAACAAACUGCUGGUCCACAUCGGUGACCUGCAGAGUACAAAACCGUUCAUAUCGCAGGACCUGCUGGAUGGGCGAGAAUCAGUCAAACUGAUGCUCAACACCAUGGAUCGAAAGCAGUCGGCGCUGAAUUUGGCCCUACACGAGCUGGAAUGCAACGUCGAAGAACUCCGAGAGCUGGCAACCCUCGAGGAGGGCGUUUCGUACGUAACCAACUGGAUCCUAACCACGGCGGAAGCGAUGCUGAACGCCCAGCUAAAGGUGGGCUACGAUGUCACGACGGCCGAUAAACUGCGCCUGGAGCACGAGAUACUCGAGCUGCAGUGCUGGAAAACGUACGGGUUUUACGCGGAGCUAAUCUACAAGAUCGAUAACUUUCCAAAGAUGAAGGAUUCGGAGGCCUACAAGGAUCUGAUGUCCCAGCGGGAGUGGAUGGACUUUGUCUGUCGGAGUUUCGCCCAGCGGCUGGAACGACGGCGGAACGUGCUGAUCACUUCGGUGCGCUUCUACCGGCUGGUUGCGGAGUACUUCGACCGAACGAGCGAAGUUUUCCAGUCGCUGAUUAUGGGCGACAAGGUGGAGGAUUUCGACCUGGCAAAUGCCAAACUGCAAAGAUUGAAGGAUAGUCAACAAACAUUGGAUACUGUCGAGAAGGAAAUUAUCAAGGAGGGCGAAAAGCUGAGCGACAUCCUCUUGAUGCCGGUGAAGGACGCCGUCGGACGGGAAGUGAACGUGGACUACAGCGAAGAUAUUGCGAACGUACGGGACAUCCUGGAUGCUACGAUUUCGCGAUCGCGAAUUUUCGUUGAAAGUGUAGAACUCCAGAAGCUGACCUUGGAUCAAAUCACGCACAUCUACAAGUACGAAAUGGAUGCGGAAACGGCCCUCCAGUGGAUGGAUGACCUGUACAAGGUGAUGAUUCGUUCGCACACCCACGUGGGAGCGAAUGUCUACGAAAUACAGGCGCAGAAGGACGAGCAUCAAACUUUUCAGGAAACCGGUAAAGGUACCUACAACUACGGUUGUCAGUUGCUGAAUGCUUCUCUAGCACUGCGGCAAUCCUGUAAGUUGGAAACGGAUCGCAACAUAGAGAUGACCCAGCAUCUGCAGGGAACGUGGAAAAAGUUCCAGGCCGUCAGUCAGGAGCAGAUGACGCGACUUCGCGUAUCGGCCGUAUUUCACCGAAGCGUCGAGGAGCAUUGCACCAAACUGUACGAGCUGAAGGAGAACGUACUGCGGAUCGGUGACAUCGAGGAGGCCAACCGGCGGAAAGUGCGGCUGAGAAAAUGUCUCGGCAGCCGGGAGCGACUGCUAGUGGAGGUGGGCCGUAUGGUUCGGCUGGGAAGACUGCUGAAAACGAGACUGAAAGAACCGUUCCUGCUGGAUGAUCGGUGUGAGACAAUGGCAAGCCCGGAAAACGUUCUCGCCGAAUCGGACAACAUAAUGGCAUGCGAAGCCAUUUCCGCUCGGUUGACGGAGGUUUCGAGGAUCGCCGAAGCGCUGGACAGUGUCCUGCGGGACGUCCAGGGUGGAUUCGACGACGUGGAUGAUGAACUGAUCGGUGUUGCUGCCGGUGGCAGCGGAGACACGUCCAGUGGUUCGGACAAAAAGGCCGAUGGCAGUAAUCACAGCGACGAUUGGAGCUGCAGCAUGAAAUCCACCGAGGACGAAUCGUUCGUCACGGCAUCCGAUUGCACCUGUACGCCUCAGUCGCGGUCUUCGUCGUAUCACACGGCUUCCGAGUGUCGGGCAUCGCCCUGGUGGGGUGGUGAAUCCACCGAACGCAGUUCGCUGGAUAACGAUUCCUCGGAAGAUGCCGACCCGGAAGCGAUGCCAUCGAUUAAGCUGCUCUCCGGGGUCACGAUAACCUCCUCGACUGCCAAUCUGUCGUUCGACGAAUCCGAACACAGUUUCCUGACGCCAACCUCGACCAGUGAACAGGCGGAUUCGGAUGAUCCUCAGGCGGCCGUAACUGGCCGCCGGCAGCCUUCUCCGUUGAUUAGUUCCGGCUCCAGUUCGGCUUUGAACUCAAUCAAUCGACGGGAGAAUUUGACCCUAGCCCUGACCCCGGAGGAGCUCGAGCAGAUCGAAAAUGACAUCCGGAACAACAAUGUGGUGGCCGUUGCCGAAAGCACUCCCAAGGUGGUCAAGCAUCAUAGCUCACCGACGUCGAGUGACGACAGCGGUAACGUAAGUACCAUUAGUGCCAAACUGGAAGCCGAGGUCCUGAACGGCAGUACCUGUCCGGUACCGCUGUUGGAGGAUCCUUCUUCGACACUCAACAAGGGUGGUGCCCAGGAGAUAUCCGGACUAACCUAUUACUAUCAGAAUAUCAUUACCAAACACACGGUCAAGAGCUGUCUGUGAAAAGCCGUGCUUGAGGUGGGGUGGAUGAUGAUUCAAUUAGUUAGCUGUCAAGUUGUGUAACCACGGGUAGUCAAGUGUUAGGGGCACGUGUGCCCGGCAAACGCCGGGCGUAAAAUCUCAACAAAUUCUUUUGUGUUCUCAGUGUAAGUAGAUUACGUAUUUAGCUAUUAGCUCUAAAAAAACACGUCUAAGAGUAUUGUGCAUUCUGAAUUGUUUGUAUUAUUUGUACUAACUUGCCCUUAAUUUAUUAGGUUUUUUUGUGAAACUCCCUCAAACUGCUUAAGACCAAUGCUAGACCGACCGAUUAAUUAAAAGUCCAACUUUUUCUAGUUCUUUGACAAAAAACCUACAGCGCCUAAGUAU